UUUUUUUCUUUUGUUAUCACACAAGAUCAAGAAGUAACAACAACAUCGUUCGUUCUCCGAUCUCCGAUUUUACAGAUUUUAAGCGAUAAUACGAGAUCUGAAGGGCACACAGCUAGACAUUCUACUGCAGGUUAAUCUGCAAACAUGCCUCUCAGACUCGAGAUCAAGAAAAAAUUUGCUCAAAGGUCUGAGAGAGUGAAAUCUGUGGAUCUUCAUCCUACAGAACCAUGGAUUCUAGCAAGUUUGUAUUCUGGAACCUUGUGUAUAUGGAAUUACCAGACACAGGUGAUGGCACAGUCUUUCGAGGUGACCGACUUACCAGUUCGGUCAGCCAAGUUUAUAGCACGAAAGCAAUGGGUUGUGGCAGGAGCUGAUGAUUUGUAUAUCCGCGUAUACAAUUACAAUACCAUGGACAAGGUUAAAGUGUUUGAGGCUCAUUCAGACUACAUUAGAUGUGUGGCUGUUCAUCCAACCUUACCAUAUGUGCUGUCAUCUUCUGAUGAUAUGCUUAUCAAGCUUUGGGACUGGGAAAAGGGUUGGGCUUGUACUCAGAUAUUCGAGGGACACUCGCACUAUGUGAUGCAAGUCACAUUUAAUCCAAAAGACACCAACACUUUUGCUAGUGCAUCACUUGAUCGUACCAUAAAGAUCUGGAAUCUUGGUUCUCCCGACCCAAAUUUUACACUGGAUGCCCAUCAGAAAGGAGUAAACUGUGUAGAUUAUUUCACCGGUGGUGACAAGCCCUACUUAAUUACUGGCUCUGAUGAUCACACUGCUAAGGUCUGGGACUACCAAACAAAAAGUUGUGUCCAGACACUAGACGGACACACACACAAUGUAUCGGCAGUAUGCUUCCAUCCAGAGCUUCCAAUUAUAAUCACAGGGUCCGAAGAUGGCACCGUCCGCAUCUGGCAUGCAACUACGUACAGGCUAGAGAACACAUUAAAUUAUGGCCUCGAGAGAGUUUGGGCCAUUGGUUACAUUAAAAGUUCUCGUCGGGUUGUGAUCGGAUAUGAUGAAGGAACCAUCAUGGUUAAACUUGGACGAGAAAUUCCCGUCGCUAGCAUGGACAAUACUGGGAAAAUCAUAUGGGCUAAGCAUAAUGAAAUUCAGACUGCGAACAUCAAAAGUAUUGGUGCAGACUACGAGGUUACUGAUGGUGAAAGGUUGCCCUUGGCUGUUAAAGAGCUGGGGACUUGUGAUCUAUAUCCACAAAGCUUGAAGCACAAUCCGAAUGGGAGGUUUGUCGUAGUUUGUGGAGACGGAGAGUAUAUCAUCUACACGGCUUUGGCUUGGAGAAAUAGGUCAUUUGGUUCUGGACUGGAAUUCGUUUGGUCGUCUGAGGGGGAGUGUGCGGUUAGAGAAAGCUCAUCAAAGAUCAAGACAUUUAGCAAAAAUUUCCAGGAAAAAAGGAGUAUCCGCCCUACUUUCUCUGCUGAGAAGAUCUUUGGAGGAACCUUAUUAGCUAUGUGUUCAAAUGAUUUCAUCUGCUUUUAUGAUUGGACUGAAUGUAGGCUGAUUCAACGUAUUGACGUCACUGUAAAGAAUCUUUAUUGGGCUGACAGUGGUGAUUUAGUAGCCAUUGCUAGUGACACGUCAUUCUACAUCUUGAAAUACAACCGCGAGCUAGUCUCCUCACAUUUUGAUAGUGGAAGAUCUACCGAGGAAGAAGGUAUUGAGGAUGCUUUUGAGGUUCUCCAUGAGAACGAUGAACGUGUUAGGACAGGUAUAUGGGUUGGUGACUGUUUCAUUUACAACAACUCUUCCUCGAAGCUUAACUACUGUGUCGGAGGAGAGGUAACCACUAUGUAUCAUUUGGACCGCCCAAUGUAUUUGUUGGGCUAUCUUGCAAAUCAAAGUCGGGUAUUCCUUGUAGACAAAGAAUUCAAUGUUUAUAGGAUACACGUUGCUGCUAAGCCUCAUUGA